AUGCCGCCAAGGAGAAGACCCUCUCGGGCUGACGAGGACUCACCUCCUCUACGGACUGGCCCGGCCGUCACUCAGAACCUCCCUAGCAUGCCCUCCAGGUUCGAUACGUCUUAUGGUUCCGCUCCCUCCACUAUGCCGAGGAACAGUCGUCGCGGACAAGUUCGCAAUAUCCAGGUCGCUCUCGAGGACGCACUGAAUGACGAUGACGAUAGUGAUGAUGGCGGCCCGCGUCGCGCGAGGCGACCAUCCGUCCCACCGAGACCGAAUCGCAGACAGCAGCCUGGGCCGGAGCAAGAGUCGGAGUCAGAAUCGGAGCCAGAGCCGGAACCAGGACGCCAGUCGGAGCCGGACAAUGAGCCAGAUUUCGAUCCUGGAUUUGACGCAGCCUCAAAUUCACCUGCUAGCAGACACAGCUCGCCGCCGCGACAGAGUCCGCCGAGACGAGCCUCAUCGGUCGACCCUGCUGAAUUCCAGCCAGCUGCCCAUCGCGGAGCUCGCGACCAGAGGAUCUUGCCUACUUCAGCUCCCCUCAGAGGCCCUAGUCUUCCGCCGCCAGUCAGAGCUGGCUCGGAAGAACCACGCGGCAACAGCCCUCUUCGCAGAUCACCUCGCAGGUCAAGUAUUGUCCCACCUGAGACCGUAGGAUCUGCCUUCCAUCGCGCGAUCGAGGAAGUACGCGAUCGAGCUGGCUCGGAAGAUCCGACAGCCACGCCCGAAUCCAAUCGAACAUUUGGGCAAGAGAGCUCAUUAUUUGGCGACGCUACCAUCGGAUCCAGAUCCCCGGGCUCCAUUGACGAUCGACCAAUGCCUACCAUUGAAGAAGAAGACUCUAUUGUGGAAGCAGAAGAUUAUCGCGUGGCCGCUGCCAUGAGCCCCUCCAGGCCGGUGUUACCACGGCCCAGAAACAACCCACCCAUGCCUCCGACCUCAUUCAACCAACAGGAACCCCCGCGCGAGCCGUCCCGGUCGCCACUCACAAGAGUCUCUGAUGGACCAGCACCCGAUUAUCGGUCGCGUCCAAACCCCUUUGCUGCAGCACCUCCACUGCAACCUCCCCAGACUCCAAGACAGGGAAGCGUGCCGGGCCAAAGACGCUCAAGUCGUGCGUCGCCAGACCGGCAGGUUGCGUCUCAAAGUGUUCCAAGUUCUACUGCACCUACACCUGGAAGGACGACGCGGAGCCAAGCUAGGAACGCUGCCGCGGAAGAAGCACGGCGUACCGAAUCUCGUCAGACAUCAGAAGCACCUUCACCAAAGCCUGUUCGACAGAACCAGCCAGCGAAGAUAGAUGCCAGGUCACCGAGUCCUGCUCAGCAACAGCCAAGCAACUCAAGAAGGCAGAGUCCUGUCCAGCAAGAGCCCCGCAACGCAAGAACGCCGAGUCCUGCCCAACGGGAGGAACGCAACGGGAGAACACCAAGUCCCGUUCAACGAGACUCUCGCAACUCGAGAACACCGGAGCACCCCCAACAGGGACAAGGCCACGCAGGAACACCCCGACCCGCUCGACAAUCACAACCAGUUGUGCAUUCACCUCAAGCUUUUCAGCCAGCGCAGCCUCCAGCGAUAAAUCGACUAACGCGGCCUGGUAACUCGCAUUUAGCUUUUCCGCAUCCCCCUUCCCAUUCACCGCCUCGUCCCAAUCAAGAAAUCCGUGUACCUGCCCUGCAAACUCGUGUCAACGCUCGAGUCGAGGCUGUUACGACCGAGCAACACGGUCUGUUUGGUAAUGGAAUGGCAGAGAGAGUGAGACAAGAGCAACAGCGUGAUGUCGAGGAACAGCAAAAGCUUCGGCGCGAACGUGCAACGCGUCUUCAGACAUGGCCCAAGAUUUACGCUCCCAUUUACACCUGGACCAACACUGCUCGUCCCGAUAGGCCAUCCCCGGUAGAUGACGACGCAAGAGAUCCAUUGGACGAUGAACAAGACGAAUCGUCAAGGCAGAUCCCCAGGAACCAGAUGGGCUGGCACGCAUGGAUCAUGUUCACAUUGGCAGACGCUUUCGUGGAAGUCCUUAGCUUCCUCAUGUCUCCUGAAGCUUGGCUCAUCAAAGCAGUGCUGGCCGGCCUGGCGUCGUGUUUUCUUGCGUGGGCUUUCUACGCCGGAAUCUCCUCAUUUCCUGCUGGAGGUCUUGGUGGAAUCCAUUGGUAUGGACUGUCCGACAUUAGUCAUAACUUGGGUCAGUUCGUGCCGCUAUGGAUGGCGGCACCAUCCACCAUUUUCAGUGACAGAGAUACGAGGGAGCACUCUCGACAACAACGCGAGCACGAUUACGCAAUCAGAGAUCUGACAUUGGCCUCGGACCUUCAAAAACGUUCGAUUGAUAGACUCGAACAAAUUGUGCCAAAGGUCGUCCAUAUGAGCCUUGACAAAGACGGGCGGCCCAUCGUUGGACAAGGCUUCUGGUAUGCCUUGCGUGACUUGAUGAAAGCCGACAAGGAAGUUUUGACCUUGGGCAGAGGAAAGGGCGGCUAUCAUUUCAUCUCUGACGAACACUGGCGAGCGAUCAGAGAUAAGCUCAAGAAUGACCCCGAUUACCAAAAGGCGACCAACCCCCCUGCUCCAGGCGUCUCAGCUUCCGACGUCGAUAACAUUUUCCAGACCAAGUUUUCCAAGUCUUGGGAGGGGUGGCUGCAGAGCAACAACGAGAAGGUGGCUAAGAUUCUGGAGCCCGCCUUUGGCACCUCCAUUCCGGAUAAGAUCGAGAAAGACCUCGACAAGAAGAUCGAGAAGUAUGUGAAGGAUCUCUACAAGGACAAGGGGGCUACAGAUAUUGUGGUUACGCGGGAUGAGUUUAUUGGAUACCUCAAGAACGAAUUCCUCACCCAUCGCCGCGAAGUCAAGGCCGAAGCCGAGGAGCUACAGAAGAAUCUCGAGCAGUACAUCGUCCAGACAGUCGACCUUGCAAUGAGCAAGGCCCCUCCUUCCGGCGUCUCCCGAACAGAGAUGAUACACAUUGUCGACGACAUGAUCCGCCAGGCGAUCGCAAAUGCCGGACUGGAGGCCCUUGCAAAGGGCACUAUCGGAGCAAACUGGCACCAUGAACUUAGCCGCCAGGUCAACUAUCUCACAGUCGGUAGCGGUUCCAUCGUCGACAUCAAGCACACGUCGCCGAAUUACAAGCCGGAGUUCGUCGGGCCGAUAGGAUCUCCCGCCUGGCUGAAGAGCACGAGACGAAGCCCCUGGGUCUUACAACCCGCCAAGACCCAAACGCGCUGGGACGAUGACGGCGAAUGCUGGUGCGGCCGACCAACUGUAAGCAAAAAUGGGAAACACCUGGGCGUGUUCAUCUCCUACUUGCUCAGUCAUGAGAUUGUCCCGCGGCACGUCGUCGUCGAGCACAUUCUGCCCGGCGCCACCUUGAACCCCGACGCCCGGCCUCAGGACAUCGAGAUCUGGGCUUACAUCUCAGAGAUCAACAUGCGCCAGCGCGUGGAGGACUUCUCGGCCAGUCAUUUCCCCGAACCAGACACGGCAUCACGCAAGAAGUGGUUGUCGGAUGGUUGGGUCAAGAUCGGCCAGUUUACAUACGAGAGCAACGACACGAUCAACGGAAUCUACGUCCACCAGCUCAGCCCCGAAUUGGUCAAGCUCGGAGCUUCGACAGAUCACAUCACCAUUCGUGCGGUGAACAAUUAUGGCGCCGACCACACCUGUUUCUACAGGGUGCGUCUCUUUGGCGAGAGAUUGGUUUAA